AUGAACUUGAAAAAUGCGGCAUAUUAUCAGAAGGAUAUAAAUCAUUUCACGGAUGUCGUCAAAGGCAAUCUUCAUAAACUCUCUGUGCCUCUUGAAAAUUCAGUCGGGAUGGUCCCUGAUCCAUUUUGCAACUCGCUUCCGUACGACAAGCAAGUCACUUACGGGAUAGCCAAUCAGAACCCAGAUCAAGAUCCGAGUAAGAAUCUUUCGAGAGCCGUUGCAACUUACGCUGUCGGGGGAAUGGGGACUCAUUGGACCUGCUCGGUGCCUAGGACUCAUCCGACUCUAGAGAGGUCUAGUUUAAUUUCAAACGAGGAGUGGGAAAGUCUCUAUGAAGAGGCUGAGCGAUAUCUUAUGAUGACUCAUAAUGCCUUCAAUCACUCCAUCCGACAAACAGAAUACGUAGAGCUGGUGGAUCCCAACAACAAACCUCAAAAUCUCCCCCUUAGCAUUCACAGAAGCGAACAAAACUUCACGUUCUACAAAUGGGGCUCGGCCGCAUUCGUUCUUGGUGAAUACGCAACGCAGUCAGCAGUCGACGAUGCCGAGAAUCCGGAAGAACAACCAAUGGGAUCCCGAAGAUUCGUGAUCAAGGAACAACAUAUUUGUCGACGUCUUGUUUUUAAUGAAAAUGAGCCGACAAAAAUUCAGUACGCGGUGGUCGAGAACUUGUUGCAUCGGACAUUCAUGAAGGUUCAUGCUAAAAAGUUUGUAGUUUGUGGUGGUACUGUUUUGGGUGCGCAGCUACUGUAUGCGUCUAAUAUUCGUCCACGAGCUUUGGGAAGAUAUUUAACAGAGAAGCAUCUGGCUGUCUGCCAGGUUCUUCUGAGUUCAGAUAAAAUUGGGUCUAUUCGGGAUGAUCCAAGGUUCAAACAUGACCUUGAGAAGUAUCAUAAACUCCAUCCAAAAGAUCCAGUUCCAAUUCCACUGGAUGACCCAGAUCCUCAAUGCUGGAUCCCAGUUAGUUCUGAACGACGUUGGCACUGUCAAAUUCACCGGGAUCCUUUUGCAUUCGGAGAAACAUCUUCAAAUUUUGACCCGCGACUCAUCGUCGAUUUUCGAUGGUACGGUCUGGUAAAACAAAUCGCGGAGAACCGGGUCACGUUUUCAGACGAGAACAAAGAUCUAUUUGGCAUGCCUCAGCCGACGUUUCAUUUCGAGGAAUCAGCUAAAUUUGCAGACCAGAAUCAAGACAUGCUACGCGACAUGGUACGCGCUACAAAAAUUCUUGGCGAUUAUCUUCCUGGUAGCCAUCCACAAUUUAUGCCACCCGGUACAACUCUACAUAUGCACGGGCAUACUCGAGUAGGGGACGACCCGGAGACUUCAGUUGCCGACUCUUGCUCCAAAGUGUGGGGCACUGACAAUCUGUGGAUUGGGGGGUGCGGGUGUAUUGAUACGGCAAUCGCGUGUAAUACUACCCUGACAGCUUGCGCUCUGGCUAUUAAGGCUGUGAAAGACAGUGUUUUGGUUUAA